AUGGGCACUCCACCCCCUCGAAAGCGGCAGCGGAGACUCAUAGUUCUCUCUUCAGACGACGAGCUCGAAAGCCCAGCUCCAGUCAAAAAUCGACCACCCCCACCAGGGAGAUCCAUAAACAGUGUACUCAAAUCCCCGAGUAAGGCGUCUUCGGUCCCUUCAACGCACACAACCCCUACAUCAUCUCCUGAGAAGAAACGAAAGACUGUCGCAAAACCCAAGAACAACGCCAGGGAGGAAAAUAUUGAAAAAGGGGAUAAAUCACUACGAAACUUUUUCCAACCGGCUACUGCAGAGGAAAGAUGGAGCAGAUUACAACGGGAAAAGGAAAGGGAGAAAGAAAAGGAGAAGGAGAGGCAUAUGUUCCUGGAACUUGAAAAUGAUAUACUGGAAGAUAUGAUUGAAGACGACGAUUCGUUGGAUGAGAUAUUAUCUCAGCCGCCCCGGCAGAAUGACAAUAAAGGUGGAUUAGCCGGUUUCCAUGGAUAUCCAGCGUUAGACCGGCGGAAGAGUUCCCUUCCAAGUAGGGAUGCGGUUUCAACGGUUAAAUUAGAGAAGAAACCAAGACCUGCGAAGAGGUUUAUACUCCAUGCAGAUGGCAAUGGCCUUGGACCUUCAUCUCAGUCUACUAUUGCGUCACUUGGGUCAUCGACGCCAGCACAAACGACCGCUAGAAGACCAUGGGCGGAGCAAUUUGCUCCGGUCAAUUUGGAUGAGCUCGCGGUGCACAAGAGAAAGGUCUCAGAUGUGCAAAACUGGCUAAACGAGGUUUUCGCUGGUCGGAGUACACGCCAUAUACUUGUCUUGAAGGGACCUGCGGGCAGUGGCAAAACCACCACUGUUUCGUUGCUGUCUAAAGUCCUUGGAUAUGAUAUCGUAGAGUGGAGGAAUCCUGCUAGAACAGAAUACCCCACACAGGAAUAUGCGUCGACCUGGACACAGUUUGACGAUUUCCUUGGUCGUUGCGAGAAAUACAACUGCCUAGAUUUAGAUGGUGAACCACCUUCUUCGGCAUUUAAUAACAGCACCGCUGUACAAUCUUCCAGACGACGUGUAAUAUUAGUGGAAGAAUUUCCUCCGUCAUUGAGCCCCGGAUCUUCUGGUUUAAUAGCCUUUCGGUCAGCACUUCAGCGCCAUGCUGCCUCUGCGUUGCCUUCAGUAGCUACCAGAACGGCUUCCGGUUCCAACUCGACUACUCCCGUUAUUAUCAUUGUUUCUGAGGCAUUACUAGGAGAUGGCGCCUCUUUAUCAGAUCAUUUUACUGCCCAUCGAUUACUAGGACCGGAAUUAUCCAACCAUCCAGGAAUUAGCAUUAUCGAAUUUAAUCCAAUUGCCCCAACAUUCCUUACUAAAGCUUUAGACCUCGUGCUAAAAAAGGAAGCACGCUUAUCUCAACGGAAACGUAUCCCAGGUCCUGGAGUCCUGAAGAGAUUUGCAGAAAUGGGAGACGUCCGCAGCGCCAUUUCGUCACUGGAGUUUAUCUGCCUUCGGGGCGGCGACUAUGAAGGAUACAGUGGGACAGUUAACAGCCGCCCGAAGCGCUCGGGGCAAACGGCCGUUCCGCCUACAGCUAUGGAAAUUGAGACCCUCGAAAUGGUCACCCAAAGGGAAGCCAGUCUAGGGAUUUUCCACGCUGUUGGCAAAAUCAUGUACAAUAAAAGAGACGAUGCCAGCUCAUCAGCGUCAACACGCGGAAGGCUAGGGGCUGGGCAGCCGGCCUCGCAACCUAGAGAUCACCACCACUUGGUAUCCCAAGUUUCCGUGGAGGACUUGAUGAACGAAACUGGAACAGAUAUCCAAACCUUUUUAUCCGCAUUACAUGAAAAUUACCCCCCAUCUUGCCAUGGCGAUUUGUUCACCGAAUCUUUUGACGGCUGCUCAGAACAGCUGUCUUCUGCUGACGUUCUAGGAAUCGGAAAUCGUAUGACUGUGAAAUCGGCCAGAGGACUUGGGUCUGCACGAAUUACCUUCCAUAGCGCAGGAACGGGUAUCGACAUUCUACGUCAAGACGAGAUCAGUUUCCAGGUUGCCUCGCGGGGUCUCCUCUUUCAUCUUCCUUAUCCAGUUAACAGACGCGGCCCCGAUGCACAUAAGAUGUUCUACCCCUCAUCGCUAAAGUUAUGGCGCCAGUCUGAAGAAGUGGAUGGAUUAGUUUCUCUUUGGAUGCGGCGGAUAACAACUGCAACUAUGAAUCUAAGCAUCCCUGAUGAAGCAUCCCGACGAUCCGAGCGGGUUGAAUCCUGGGGAAACCGCGCUCGGUUGUCGGAUAUUUUGCAAGACAGUGGCCAAGACAGCUAUGGUGCGGCAAGAUGCAUGGUAUCCCGUGGCGAAGCCGUUCUAGAACGGCUUCCUUAUAUGAGGCUAAUAUCCAAGGAUACGGCUGAACGGAAAGAAAUAGAAAGAGUAACCCAGUUAGGUGGCUCGAUAAGGCGUAGCCAAGAAAUCGAAGAGGAUGAUCUUCAAUUCAGCCAUGAUAUUCCUUCCAGUUCGACUAGGAAUUCACCUGGAAAGAAUCGAAAGUGGCAAGCAAGAGCAGCAGCAUCUGGUAUCACUGGCUUACCUUCCGUUGAAGAAGCAGUGGACAAGCUAGUCUUGAGCGACGAUGAUAUUGAGGAUGAUUAA